GAGAGAGAGAGAGAGAGAAGGAGAGUCAGGGACAGGCAGUGCUGAAAAGGAGAGCACAAAGAGAAGGAAAGUGGAGCAGGGGAGGGGAACAGGAGGCUGGGUGAAGGGAGAGGGAAAGACAAAAGAAGGAGAGGGGAGACAUAGCAGGGUGAACGGAGGGGACUGAGCAAAUGGCUACGGAGGAGACGGCGGGGGGAGCCAGGAAAGCCACCAAGAGCAAACUGUUUGAGUUCCUGGUCCAUGGAGUGCGUCCUGGCAUGCCGUCUGGAGCGAGGAUGCCCCACCAGGGAGCUCCCAUGGGCCCCCCCGGCCCACCGUACGGAGGGAGCCCGGCGGUGCGGCCCGGCCUGCCCUCCCCGGUGAUGGAGCCCAGUCGUAAGAGGCCUGCCCCCUCCCAGCAGGUCCAGCAGCAGCAGCAGCAGCAACAGCAGCAGCAGCAACAGCAGGCCGUCCAGAACCGGGCCAGAAAGAAGCCAGUCGGAUUCCCCGGAGCCAAUGAGAUGCCGGCGAGGCAGAUGGACAUGAGAGAGCCCCAAUCAGAUCCCACGCUCGGAUCAAAUGCUAAGAGAAGGAAAAUGGCAGACAAGAUUCUUCCGCAAAGGAUCCGUGAGCUGGUCCCCGAGUCUCAGGCCUACAUGGAUCUGCUGGCGUUUGAGCGCAAACUGGACCAGACCAUCAUGCGCAAACGUGUGGACAUCCAGGAAGCACUGAAGAGACCAAUGAAGCAGCAAAAGCGUAAACUGAGGCUUUACAUAUCCAACACCUUCAACCCAGCCAGACCUGACGCCGACGACUCUGACGGCAGCAUUGCAUCGUGGGAGCUGCGGGUAGAGGGGAAGUUGCUGGAUGACCCGGGGAAACAGAAGAAGAAGUUCUCUUCGUUUUUUAAGAGCUUGGUGAUCGAGCUGGACAAAGACCUGUACGGUCCUGACAACCACCUGGUCGAGUGGCACCGCACGCCCACCACCCAGGAGACGGACGGCUUCCAGGUGAAAAGGCCAGGAGACGUGAGCGUGCGCUGCACUCUGCUGCUGAUGCUGGACUACCAGCCUCCCCAGUUUAAGCUGGACCCUCGCCUGGCUCGCCUGCUUGGCAUUCACACUCAGACUCGCUCCUGCAUCAUCCAGGCCCUCUGGCAGUACGUCAAGACCAACAAGCUGCAGGACUCCCAUGACAAGGAAUAUAUCAACUGUGACAAGUACUUCCAACAGAUUUUUGAUUGCCCACGGCUGAAGUUCUCCGAGAUCCCUCAGCGCCUCACCAACCUCCUCCUGCCCCCUGACCCCAUCGUCAUCAACCAUGUUAUCAGCGUGGACCCCAACGACCAGAAGAAGACGGCCUGCUACGACAUCGACGUGGAGGUGGAAGACCCCCUGAAGAGCCAGAUGAGCAGCUUCCUCCUGUCCACCGCCAACCAACAGGAAAUUGCCUCACUCGACAACAAGAUACAUGAGACCAUCGAGUCCAUCAACCAGCUGAAGAUCCAGAGGGACUUCAUGCUCAGUUUCUCCAGAGAUCCCAAGGGCUACAUCCAGGACUGGCUCAAAUCCCAGAGCCGAGACCUUAAGUUAAUGACAGAUGUGGUGGGGAACCCUGAGGAAGAGAGGAGGGCGGCGUUUUACCACGAGCCUUGGUCCCAGGAAGCUGUGAGUCGCUAUUUCUACUGCAAGAUCCAGCAGAGGAGACAGGAGCUGGAACAGGCCUUAGCUGUCCGCAACACCUAAACCAAGGCCCUCCUGAAUCUCUGCAUCUAAUUUCAGAGCCGUGUGUGUUUGUUUGUGCGUGUGUGUGUGUGUUUGUUUGGAUGUGUGUGAGGCCAUCGCUGUAGUCUGCUGAAACCUAAUACCUCUAAAAAUGUCGGCAACUUGUGAUAGCAACGAAAUUUCCGAGGUUUGUCCAGUGUGUUGAAAGGAAAUCAGAGUGAGGAGGUUUUUUCACAGGACAGCAGCGAUGUGCACGUGUGGAAACCAGAUCUCGACGCGCAUGUGCGUCCACCGCGUAUUUGUUCCGUUUUGUGCAGGACUGUGAGGACACCGUCUCUCAUCCCUUGUAUUCAGCUGCGUGGUUGUCCCAUCAGAGGUCGACCCCUCGGACCAUAAACACCCUCAGACUCGCUGCCUGAUAAACAAAACUUCCCUUUUCAUCACUGCUCCCUGCUUUGUAAAUAUGUCACUGGCGAACCCCUUCUCUCCAUGUGAAGAUAAACUCUGAAGUGGCUGCUCACACCGUCUUUGGAUACUCAUCUCAAAGAUUUUGCUGCUGUGUCCGACAGAAACGUACAUGAUGUAACCGGGUGUCACAGUCAAUCCUCACAGCCCUCUGGAUAAGUCUUCGUAUUUUCUGUUUUCCGACUCUUUUUAAAACUGUUUUAUGAUUUUUUUUUUUUCAUGGGAGGUGUGAUUGUAAGUGUGACUGUGAGUGUUUAUGAAAGACUGAUUAAUUACACCAGCAAAGUCGAGAUUACAGUGUGAUAAAUUGGGUGGUUGCAGGGAAUCAAUGCUAUCUAUAAACCUGAGGUGUGGAUUUCAUUCAUUUUCAGGUUUGAGUGAAUCAACUGGACAGCUGCCAGUGUGUCACACUUUAGUUUUAUUUGCCAGUAAACUGACUUCUCCUUUUAGAGUAAUUCCAACAACAGUAUUAGCUAAAUUAACUGAACUAAAGUAUUACCACAUUAACAGCUCCAUGUCCGUUUAUGGCAAGAGUAGUGUUUUAAUGAAGGAGAAAACAAGUAUUGAUCAUCAUCAUAAUAAUAAUAGCUUUUCUUCCCUUAAUCAUAGCAGAAUGACAAAUAUGCCUAUACAUGUUGAGACUUGUUGACUGAUUUGUCUCGUCAGAGUCGCUCACUGCCUCUUCUUUGUGUAGUAUUUUGCCAGUUAAUGUUUUGAAGGUGUUACCAAAGGUUGCAACGAGAAGAAGAGAACAUGAUCACUGAAACAGAAAUGGGCAAAAAAAACAUCCUUGAUCUGGGUUUAAUAGAAAUUGCAAAAAAAGUCCUUUUCGGUGGGUUGGGCUAAAUCAAUCCAAACAGUUUGGGUGGUUUUAGAGAGAAUUGACUCCCACGCGUUUUCCUUUGUAGCCAAUUGGGCCUCGAGUUCUCUAAAACAAACUCUAAAUCUAUAAUUGCAAUAAACACUUAAACCCAGGUUUGGAGAGGUUUGUCCAUUUCUACACUUUUUAUGUUACAUGAAGAAGAAAACUGAUUUUUUUUUUUUCUUUUCUAGAGAUGUGAAUGUAAAUAAGGUUCUUUUUUUCCCUUAAGAGGGCCAACUGUACAGUAUACAACAAACUAUUUGUGUGUGUUUGUUUUGGGGGGUUUGGGUAAGGGGGGUGGGCGAGUUACAUGGUGCAGUAUGGGAGCUCCAUGAGUUUUGAAUUAGUAGAGCAGGAAUGUUAGUGUUCCUCUGUGUACUAUCUUGGGUUGGGGUGGUUUAUUUUAGGUCCAUCUCGUAUCUAUCGUGGGAGCUUGGAGCUGCAACAAAGAACGACCUCCCUCACUUUGAAUCUCAGUAGCUGUAACACAUGAUAUAAUCUGCACCGAUCUCAUUUUACACUUUUUUUUUUUUAAUGACACUUGACUUGUAUGUAUAUGUUGUAAUGUCAGAUGAAGGAAUUUUUUUUUUGUUCUCUCAGCAGUCAGUUUCUAGCUGGAACCUUUUCUGGGUUUCUUUGCACUGUGCUGUAACUUGUUUGCCGGGACUCUCUUCGUCAUGGGUGAGACCCUCUUUAUUAUCCCAGCAUACACAAAAAGUGAUUGGAUGACUUCACGAUGACCUAUGCAUGCUCCACGGACAUUAAUUAAUACAUCUGAUGAGACGGUUUGUGUAAAUAUAAAAAGCUGGCAUAGCAGUCUGUGUGAGGAGGGGGAGGGGGGGGGGGGGGACUCAUCACAUUUGUUGAAAUGCCUUCUGGAAACUUUUUUGCCAAAAAUGAUAUGCCCUACCAGCAACUAACUGUAGGUGUGAUUUUUCUGAACUGUGUUUUUGUUACUAGGACUAAGUUAUAUUAACUGCACUCAUUAGAGGAGAAACAGUAGUCAUUGGUAGUAUCUUAGUCCUGCGUCUGACCCAGAGUGAGUUUUCUUUGUAUGGCCAGGGCAUUCACAUAGUCGUCACUGAAUCACUAGCACCCUCUUGUGGAGGAAACUAGACGCUGCAGCUCCUGAGUGGCCUCAGCUGUGAGCAGCUCAGUACCAGCUCAGUAUUUUGACAAAACGUUAACAGACUACUUUGUCUCCUGUUACUAAACCCUGGCAUACUGUUGACAUGUUUGUCCCACUCCCUGCAUGUGUUUCUGAAGAGCGGGAACUGCUCUUUCUCUCUGUUUACACUGUUGUCAGAGGGUCACCGACAGGAAGAUUAUAGUAUACAUAAUACUGUAUAUCUGUAAAGAGCAACACUUGUUUGGUGAUUACAUUCAACAAAAAGAGGGAAAAAAAAAGAAAAGGGAAAACAGCUGUGAUAUUGCGAGACAGCCUGGAUGUAAAUAAAGAAGCGCUUGCCAAAGUUUGUAAAUGC